AUGGUAUCAGAGCAUUCACCACCUGGGAUUAUGGCUGGUGAUAAAGGAGGAGGGAAGGAGGCUAGAGGAGCUCAACUGAAGAAGGUUGAAUCGCUUGAGACAGAGUUAGGGCAUUUGUAUGCUCGAAUGGAGAAUCAAGGACAUCAGAUCCAACAGAACGCUGAAUCCAUAGUCUCUCUUCAGUUGAAGAUGGAUCAAAAGUUUGAGGAGAUUUUGGGUGCCAUAGCCAAAAGCCGACCAACAAUCAACAAUGAGAAGAAAACCGUGGAGGGAGAGCCUAGCAACACACAGCGGUUCUAUCCAUGGAGGAAACUCCAAGGGUUUACAGUAGAGCGUCACACACUGAUACAGGAGGUUCAAGAAAUGGAACAGGAGGUGGUUUCAUAG